AUGAAAUAAACAUAGCCGGUAUUAAUAAUGAAAUGAUUUUCCUUCAUUAUUCAUUUGCAUAAAAUUUCUAAUAAACGUUCAAUAAAAUGUUUUGAAUUCGCUUAUUUGAAAAACAGUUUUGGUCAUACUUAGAAAUGAACCAAGGAUCAUAUUCUUGAAUCACAAUUUUAUAUAAUAAUUAUUAAUUAUAUAACAUGUGUUUGUACCAUGGAUUUUUUUUGGAUUUUAAGAUGACUACUCCAUUUUAUGUUCGACAAUCUCAUCUAUCUUGGGUACCUGCUACUGCAGGAAAAGAUCAACCAACAAAUGGAGUCGAAGCAGAUUCUCGUAUUUAUGUUGCUCGAGGUGAAGUAAAUGGACAUGUAAUACCAGGAAAAUUGCCUCUUAGAAUAGGUGCAGCUUUUAUACCUUGUGAUGGAAAAGAACAUGGACUUUGUAAAUUUGAAAUUUUGUGUAAUACAAACGUAUUUCCAAAUCAAUCAUUAUACAAUUGGAUUCCAGCAUCUGAUGGUAGGGUCCCAGCUGGUGCUUUAUUGGCUGGUACAACCACUGAUGGUUUACCAUUAUAUGUUGCUCGUGCUUCCAUAAACAAUGAGAUGUGUGUGGGAAAAGUAAACUCUGAAUAUGAAUGUGCACUUAUGCCUUGGGGAAAUGUUGAACAUAAAGUAAAAGAAUAUGACGUUCUUUGUUUGAUUGAAUAA